GCCGCCGCUGCCGCUGCCGCCGAGUCCUCCGUGAAGUUAGCCCGCGUACCGGUUACGCGUUACGCUGUUCGCGCGUGUAAUAACGAAAAUUACCUGUGUCCUCUCGUCCGCGUGCCUUCUGCGACUCGAUACAUCCGAGGACAUCGACCCGCGGAGGUAGCACACCACUGGUCUUGUGAAAUCGAUCGAGAUGGCCGAUGUAUCGGAGGAAGUGCCGAUCAAGGAUGCUGCAACGGCAAUCUCUCAGGGCAAACGCCACCUCCUAGUGCGCGAUUACCAUCUCGCGGUGACCGUCCUGGCUCAUGCCUGCGAACUUGUCGCCCAGGAGCACGGAGAGACCGGCGACGAGUUGGGCGAGCUCUACCUGCUUUACGGACGAGCCCUUCUGGGCCUGGCACGCGAGGAGGCGGGUGUGCUGGGAGGUGGUGUGCCCGGAUCCGAGGAGACCAGUCAGGAUGAGCAGGGCGAAGAGGAGGAGGAGGAGGAGGAAAACGAGGAGGGAGCUGUAGCAGAGGGCAAUCAUGCUACGGAAAGCCCUUGCACAUCGAACGGCAAGGAGGAUGAUAAGGAGACAACGGAGAAAGAAACGGAAAAAGAGGCGGAGAAAGAAACGGAAAAAGAGACGGAGAAAGAAAAGGAAAAAGAGUUGGAGAAAGAAACGGAGAAAAAGGAUGAAGAUCAGAAGGAGCUGAAGGACGCAAAGGCUGAAACGGAUAAAAAGGCAGAGGAGUCCAAUAAAACAGUCGAAGAAAAGAGCAAGGUCGAAGAAAAGAGCAAGCAGAGGGAAGAGAUUCCUGGCUGUAGUCGAGAUUUUGAUCUGCAGAACGGCGAAGCUUCUUGUAGUGGCCUAAACAGAAGAGACGAAGACGAGGAUGGAGAGGACGUAGAGAAGGAAAACGACGAGGAAGAAAUCAACAAUCUACAGAUCGCCUGGGAAGUCUUGGAACUGGCGAAACUGGUGCUAGUAAAACGCGGACCACCGGGCUGGAAGUUCUUGGCUGAGGCCUACCGCCUUCUGGGCGAGGUCUCGAUGGAAGGCAGCAACCACGAGGGCGCACUGAUCGACUUCAAAGCGUGCUUGAACCUACUGGAGAAGAUGACUCCUCGUGAUCAUCGAGCGAUCGCCGAGAUCCAUUAUCAGCUCGGAUUGGCGCACGCAAUGGCGAACAACUUUGACAUCAGCAUCGAGCAAUUCAACCAGGCGUCCGCGCUGCUGGAAGCGAAGAUCAUGCAUCUCACGACUUUGCAGGAUAAUCCGCCCCAAUCCGACGAUCCCUUCUACACCGUCGAGGGGGAGAUCAAGGAACUGCAGGAACUUCUUCCGGAGAUUCAAGAAAAAAUCGCGGACAUCAAGGACCUCAAGAAGGAAGCGAAUGUGAUCAAAGAGAUUAAGGAAGAAAGACUGAACGGGUGCUCUAGUGACGGUGAAGCGAAUGAGCCUUCUGGAAGUGGUAGUAGUACGUCCAAACCUGCUAGCGAUAUAUCGCACCUGGUAAGAAAAAAGCGCAAAGCGGAGGACGAAGCGGAAACCGCUUCCCUUAGCAAGAAGCCGAUGCCGGAAAAGGAUGUGGCGUGAAAAGUGCGAGUAUCUGAUUUUCACGAUAAUUAGAGACUAAUCUGAACUCUGAUGAAGCUAAGAAAUGUUGAUAUUUUUCUCGAUAAUGUAGAAGUGGUAUUUGCUGAUGUAUAAAAAUUCAGUGUUUUCUACAGAAAUGACAGUCUACCAGUUGGUGAAUUUCCAGUGUAGAUAUCAAUAGAAAUAAUCCGUUUAGAUCGCCAGCAAAUGAUAUACAUUCAGAACCCGCCAUUUCAAAUCGCCUUAUGAUAUCAUAAACACGAGCAGAACCGUUUUGUAAUCACAGUUUGUCGCGUAUCGUCAAGAAAAAUAUUUAGUGUUUUUCCUUAUAACGAGAAGUGUUUGCUACUGUAUGAAACAAUGUGUUCUGAUGAGAAUCGUCGAUCAUCGAUCAGAAUCAAUCAUUCCCAACAUUUCUAGUCUAAGUCAGAAUUUGUCAGAAGUUAAUAUCCACGUUUGAAGUUUAAAGUCCUCUCUUUGCGAUAUCGUAAGUUGAAUGGAAUCGUUUUCUGACUCGAGUAACAGUUUACAUCAAUAAUAUUUAAAAGGACGAAUCUACUAAUUAACAACACUAGACUUCGAAAGUAUAUCAUUUUUAUCUUGUAUUAAGUAGACACCUGUCGCAUAUCCGUAAUUUGUUAGACAAAUUCUGUUGUAUGAAAAUACGUUGAAUGUUCCCCCACGUUCGCCCAAUGUUAGAAGAGCUUGAGCUCUGAGUUUUAAAGUUUUUGAGUAAAAAUCGAUACGAUUUAAAAAUAUUCAAUGUGUGUGUGUGCGCGCGUGUGUGUGUAUGGAGCGUAAUCGAUUAUAAUGUCCUCCCCCGAUUUUCGCGAGAGAAAGACUGUUGUUAAAGCGUUUUUUUUCCAUUUUUCCUUUGGUUUUGUAGAUAGCCCUCGUUAAACGUCGCUGCAAUCUCUGAUUUAUACUCCAGCAAAUACGUUCGUACGUUAAGCGAGAAGGGUAACUCCUUUUAUUCCGUUUUACUCAAUGAUAAUCGGUUUGCGGUCAGCGAUCGAGCCUGAGUUCUCGAGAAUACUGCGUGUACGCGAACGCAUUCUUUAAUUCAAAGACAUCAGGGAAGCUAUUGUGGAACUAUUCGGACAGAUUUCUUAUUAGAGACGACUGAUCUACUCCGGACAUUUGGACAGCGCUCAAAAUGAUUAGAAGAUCUUGCGUCUCCAUGUCAGAUUUCUUCGCACGAUUCGAGAAGACGUCGCUAAUCUUCAACGUACAAUUUAAUCAAUUUCGAAAAGGAUCCAAAUGUUAGUCCAAAAAGACAGAGGUAGAAAUUAUUGCGGUUCCCCAAUACGACACAAGUCCAUACUAUUUUUUUUUAUGUGGUUAACGUACUUCGGUUCUCUUGACACACAACGUCCAGGAUUUUUCUUCUUUUCUCGCGCGCUAUGGCCCCGUGUGAUUUCUUUUCCCCAACCAUGUAUUCUUACAAAUAACUUUUUAACGACCUUUAUUAUAUAUCGUUACGUCAAUUUCUUUUAGGAUAAGUCCAUAACAGUUCCCGGAAUAGGCUACGAUGUAUUUAUUCUAGUUUCUAGCUGCGUAGCGGCAGACACACAUCCCACACACAUGGUACUUGUUUUUGAACUGUAGAUAUAAGAAUUCAAGUAGGAGUUAAGUGAUUUGUUUGUGUACGAAUAUCACGUAAAUAAAUGUUGAAGCAGUGCUCUUUUUUUU